AUGGCCGAACACGCCUCCCGUGAGCCCGCACCAGCUACCAUCUUCACGCCUCUAAACUUCCUCUUCAUCGCCGCCAUUCUAUACGCGCUCUACCUGACCUUCCGCGCACCAACACCUGCGACGCUGCCUCGACCCCCGCCUCCCGUGGUCUUCAAGACCUACACGCCGCGCACGCUGCUGCCCUUCUCGGGCAACGACGGCGGACCUGUCUACUUUGCCGUGCGCGGCAAGGUCUUUGACGUCUCGCGCGGUCGCAAUUUCUACGGCCCAGGUGGUCCGUACUCCAACUUUGCUGGACGAGACGCGAGCAGGGGUCUGGCAUGCGGCAGCUUCGAUGAGGAGAUGCUGACGAAGGACCUGGAUGGACCGCUAGACACUCUGUCAGAUCUGGGAAGGGACGAAAUGGAGGCGUUGCAAGGAUGGGAGGAGAGAUUCAACGAGAAGUACGAUGUGGUAGGCCGCCUGGUCAGUGUGGGGGAGUUCAACCAGGGCAAGGCUUGA